UGCUUUAGUGAUUUGUCUCAUCUCCAAUUUCGCUCUAUUCCCCGGACCCUUUGUUGCUACUCUUUCAAUCUGGUUUAACCGACAGUUGACCUAAUUCCAGAUACCCAUUUCACUUUUCACCCAAAUGAGGACUCAUUAUGUAGCCGUGUAGAAUCUAGAGAGAAAGAGAGAGCUAGAAAGGAUAAGGGGCUUUGCACAAGAGAGGAGAGAAGAUGGGGAAUUCGUUUGGAUGCUCAGCGUCAGGAGAGAGGUUGGUAUCAGCGGCCAGAGAUGGUGAUCUUGUUGAAGCAAAGAUGCUGCUUGAUUGCAACCCUUAUCUCGCCAAAUACUCCACCUUUGGUGGCCUUAACUCUCCUCUACACUUUGCCGCUGCUAAAGGGCACGAUGAGAUUGUUGCUUUAUUGCUCGAGAAUGGAGCGGAUGUGAAUUCUAGAAAUUACUGUGGUCAGACGGCAUUAAUGCAAGCAUGCACAUAUGGACACUGGGAAGUUGUUCAAACUCUCCUCCUUUUCAAAUGCAAUGUUACAAGAGCUGAUUACCUUAGUGGAAGGACAGCUCUUCAUUUUUCUGCGAUGAAUGGACACGUUAGAUGUAUGAGGCUUGUUGUGGCAGAUUUCAUUCCAAGUAUUCCCUUUGAUUCCAUAAAUGCAAGUGAUGAAGUGCGUGAUGAUACCAUUGUGAUAAGCAACCGCAGCACGCUGUCAAAAUUUAUAAACAAAACUGCUGACGGUGGCAUCACUGCUCUCCAUAUGGCUGCAUUAAACGGUUAUUUUGACUGUGUUCAGCUCCUUCUUGAUAUUCAUGCAAAUGUCUCGGCGGUGACAUUUCCAUAUGGAACAUCUGUGGACUUGAUAGGCACUGGAAGUACCCCUCUGCACUAUGCUGCACGUGGAGGAAAUUUGAAAUGUUGUCAGAUCCUCCUAGCUAAUGGUGCCAGUAGAUUGACAUUAAACAACAACGGGUGGCUGCCACUAGAUGUAGCCAAGAUGUGGGGCCGACAUUGGCUUGAGCCAUUGCUAGACCCAAACGCUGCUACCACAGCAGUACCAGUGUUUCGUCCUUCCAGUUAUUUGUCCUUGCCUCUUAUGAGUGUACUCAACAUUGCAAGAGAUUACGGUUUACAUUCUUCCACCAAAUGCUCUGAUGAUGCUGAUAUAUGUGCUGUUUGCUUAGAGAGGCUAUGCACUGUUGCUGCAGAAGGUUGUGGGCAUAAACUUUGCGUUAGAUGUGCUCUCUGCCUCUGUUCAACCAGCGUCAUGCCCUCUGAAUCGCGAGGCCCAGCUGGCUCCAUUCCAUGUCCUCUUUGUCGUCACAGUAUUGUAUCUUUCGUGAAGUUGCCCACUCCUCCGCCAAAGGAACUAAACAAGGUUCCGAUGUCUCUCAGCCUCUGUACCCCAUCAUGCAUACCUUACUCAUCUGAAUCUGAUGUUUCAACAAGGGUCCCACCAACCAAUAUUCAAAAAAAUCGCGUGGCUUCGGUUUCUCAGGAUCUGUUCUGCCCGGUUACAUGCAGUCCAUUUCCUUCUGUUUCCAUGCCAAUGUGUCCCUCUUGUGAACGACAUGAUGAUGAAACACAAGACGGGUUGGAAGAAUCCAUGACAAUGGAUCAGAAAAAGAUUGAAGGUGUGUGGCUAGAGAAAGUGAGCUGUUCAAGCAUGUUUUGGAGCAGAAGAAGUUGUAGCAGAGAACAUCAGUGCAACGCAGAAAUAAGUGCAUGACAGGUUUGUUUAUUGGCUGAUGAGUGGAAUCUCUCGGGUUUACACAAUGCGGGUUUUUUUUGUUUGUGUUUUGUGUGUAAUCGAACACAGAGAAAUCACUCGCUGGUUUGAUCACCUGUUUCUUAUUAUGUUUAUAUAUAUAAGAGAUGCAAUACUAUAUUUAGUGAAGAAUUUGUGAUGUUUGGGUGUGGUGUUGGGGUACAAAUUGGCUGUAAAUGGUGGUCAUCAUAAUGGUGCUUUGAAGAUAUCUCUUUGUAAAUUAA